AUGCCAUCGAAUCUUGAAGAUCCGACGCCGACAAAGCACAUCACACGUCAAGCAAACGUUUUGCGCGCCCGAUAUCUCUCUGUCCGACUCCUCCUUUUUAGACCUUUCCUAUCACAGGUGCACCAUUCAAAAGCAGAAAACGCUUCUGGUGUCAACUUGUACUCGGAAGCUCAAAUCAUCGGAAACGUGGUCCUUCAGUGCCAGAUUCAAUGUGUCAAAGCUGCUGAGGAUAUGAUAGGUUUCAUCGUCAGAAAUCUACCAGAGCAGACGCAAGCGUAUAUAUUACCAUCGAACUGGUACACUGUCUCAUAUAUAUACAUGGCGGUAACUAUUCUGCUUGCAGCACAAAUGUCCUCACAGAUAGUGGAACAUUUCUCCCUUGCUCGUUUGAAAAACCUUUUACAGAAGGCUCGUGAUAUUUUGAAAGAGUAUGAAAAGAACGCUGCGUUGGCUUCGAGAUGCAGCUCUGUUCUCAAGUUGAUCCAAGAAAACAUUGAUAUGCGCAGCUCUGAAACAGACUGUGCUGCCGGAGAAGGCCCCCAAGAUGCAAUCAACCAUGACAACACAAUGAUACAAGGCGCAACCAUGGAAGGGCAGGAGUCUCAAACUAAUCUAGAAAACUUGGCAUGGCUCGAAAAUUAUGCGUUUGAUUGGAACGAUUGGCCUUUGUUUUUUGCACAACUGGACGACGAGACCGGUCCGGCCGAAAGAUGCGGAAUGUAG